CAGCUGCAACACUACGUCAAACUGCGACGAUCCGGUUUGUCCGCGUUUUCCGCGUUGGCUGAGUCCAAACGUUUUGAAGAGCUGAAUUCCGUGGAAAAUCCUUUAAGUGUGAACAAGACGACUGGGUCUAAACCGGAACGUAAGGCUACUGGUGGCACUCCGAAACUGUGUCGAUCACGACCGAGAAAGCGUGGGGGUCAGAAAGAACGUUCCGAAGAAGCCAAAAGUUCGAGGAUUCUGGGUCCGGGUCACCCUCGACUCAGUUUAGUCCGUCUGUUCAGCAGUGUUCCCACCGAUGCAUUCACCUUGAUACCGAAGUUGAACAAAUGA